AAACACGGUCAUUCGAUUUUGUGGGGUGCCAAGUUCAUGUUGGUGUUGUAAAAAAUUUCUAGAAUUUAAUUAUUACACAUAGUUUGUACUCUAGGUGCGGACAGAGAGUUCCAUCAUGAGUGCACUAAUGAAAGCAGCUGUGUCCCGCAGCCCUGCUGCAUUGGCUUCACACUUGUACAGAAAUCUUCAUCUUUCUGUGGGUGGGGCUACACCUUUAAAAGAUGCAUCGGUGAAUUCGAAUAUGUCGAAAGCUUACACGGUGAUUGAUCACCACCAUGAUGCACUGGUGCUGGGUGCAGGAGGUGCUGGCUUGCGAGCUGCCUUUGGCUUGGUACAAGAAGGUUUCAAAACAGCCGUAGUGACUAAACUGUUCCCAACACGAUCCCACACUGUGGCAGCUCAAGGAGGCAUUAAUGCUGCUCUGGGUAACAUGGAGGAUGACAACUGGCAAUGGCACAUGUAUGAUACAGUUAAGGGUUCAGAUUGGCUCGGAGACCAGGAUGCCAUCCACUACAUGACAAGGGAGGCACCCCACGCUGUUAUUGAGCUGGACAACUAUGGUAUGCCCUUCUCUCGCACACCCGAAGGCAAAAUCUACCAGAGAGCCUUUGGAGGACAGUCACUCAAAUUCGGCAAAGGUGGCCAGGCUCACAGGUGCUGUGCGGUUGCUGACAGAACGGGCCACUCGCUCCUGCACACGCUGUACGGUCAGUCCCUGCGCUACGACUGCGAGUACUUCAUCGAGUACUUCGCGCUAGACCUGCUAAUGGAGGACGGCGUAUGCAAGGGCUGCAUCGCACUCAACCUCGAGGAUGGAACUCUGCACAGGUUCCAAGCGAAGAACACGAUCUUAGCGACGGGUGGUACAGGUCGCGCGUACUUCAGCUGCACCUCAGCCCACACGUGCACGGGCGACGGCACCGCCAUGGCCGCGCGCGCCGGACUACAGAACGAGGACAUGGAGUUUGUGCAGUUCCAUCCCACCGGUAUCUACGGUGCGGGCUGCCUCAUGACUGAGGGUUGUCGUGGCGAGGGCGGUUUCCUCGUUAACGCUAAAGGCGAGCGGUUCAUGGAGCGGUACGCGCCCGUCGCCAAGGACUUGGCCAGCCGCGACGUCGUCUCCCGAGCUAUGACAAUGGAGAUUAUGGAAGGUCGCGGCUGCGGUCCCGAGAAGGACCACGUGCACCUGCAGCUGCACCACCUGCCGCAGGAGCAGCUGAAGCAGCGCCUGCCCGGCAUCUCCGAGACCGCCAUGAUAUUCGCCGGCGUGGACGUGACGCGCGAGCCCAUACCCGUGCUGCCCACUGUGCAUUACAACAUGGGUGGUACGCCCACUAACUACCGUGGAGAGGUGAUAGUCCACCGCAACGGCGCGGACCAGAUCGUUCCCGGGCUGCUAGCGGCGGGCGAGGCGUCGUGCGCGUCCGUCCACGGCGCGAACCGGCUCGGCGCCAACUCGCUGCUCGACCUGGUGGUGUUCGGCCGCGCGUGCGCCCUCACCGUCGCCGAUACCUCGCGCCCAGGGGACGCGCAGGCGCCCCUUAAAGAGACAACCGGCCAGGAGAGCAUCGCUAACCUGGACAAGGUGCGUCACGCCAACGGCAGCGUGAGCACGGCCGAGCUGCGCCUGCGCAUGCAGAAGUGUAUGCAGAAAAACGCCGCCGUCUUCAGACAAAAGAGCACGCUAGAAGAAGCCCAACGAAAAAUCCACGAGAUCUACGGCCAACUAAAGGAUCUGCGUGUGGUGGACAAGUCUCUUAUCUGGAACAGCGAUCUGGUGGAAUCCCUGGAACUUCAGAACCUCCUCAUCAACUCGGUGCAAAUUGUGGAGGGGGCGCUCGCCAGGGAGGAGAGCCGUGGCGCUCACGCUAGAGAGGACUUCAAGACGCGACGUGACGAAUACGAUUACUCGAAACCUUUGGAGGGACAGACGAAGCUGCCGUUCGAGCAGCACUGGCGCAAGCACACCGUGGCGGAGACGGACGCGGCGACCGGCGCCACCUGCCUCAGCUACCGACCCGUCAUAGACGAGACCCUCGACGAGAAGGAGUGCAAGACCGUGCCCCCCAUGAUCCGCACAUACUAAGUACGAUAGAGUUUGCAUACUAUGAUAAUCUGUAUGGGUGCUGACAGAACUAAGCAGUAUUUUACGACGCCAGUCUGAAAUCAUUUGAAACGACGCUAUUUAUUUCAUUAAUCUUUAAUAAAAAUAAACUACAAAUUCUACACCUAUACUCAAUUUGAAUAAAACUUGCCAGAUGUUACCAUAUUGUAAUAAAUUUAACAUGUCGACGCUUAAAAUGUUAAUAAUGACAGCAUUUAUAAUUUUGUUAAGUGAAUUCAAAGCACCAAGUACUUAAGGUAGCUUUACCUCAUAAUUAAAAUUUAGCUCUACCUCAAGUAAUUUAUUCAUCGAUUAUGAAAUUUUUGAAAUAUUAUUGAAAUUAUGUUGAUAUUAUUCAUUGAAUCAUUGCAAUGUGUAAUUUUUGAAAUCGUAUAGAUAAUAAGCGCAAAUAUAUGUUUACAAUAUUAA